AUGAAUCCUACGUUUUGCUUCGUUCUUGUCUUAACCUCUUUGUUUGCCACAAACGCCUCUGGUGAGGUUCUCGACAUCAAUGGAGACCUCAUUUUCGGCGGCAGUUACUACGUUCUCCCCGUUAACCGCGGCCAAGGGGGCGGGCUGACACUAGCAGGCCGCGGUGGUGAGCUAUGUCCUCUCGACAUCGUGCAGGAAUCAUCCGAGGUCGACGAGGGUAUCCCCGUAAAAUUCUCAAACUGGGCGCCUAGAGUUGCGUUCGUUCCCGAAUCAGAGAACCUUAACAUCGAGACAGACGUUGGAGCCACGAUCUGCGUCCAGUCAACGUACUGGCGAGUUGGUGAGUUUGACGAGGAGAGGAAGCAGUACUUUGUGGUGGCUGGUCCUAAGCCAGAAGGGUUUGAAGGAGAUUCAUUGAAGAGUUUCUUCCAGAUCAAGAAAUCUCAAGAUAUUGCUUACAAGUUUAUGUUAUGUCCUCCGAGUUGUGACUCUGGCCGUCCGAAAUGCAGGGACGUCGGGAUAUUCGUGGAUGAAAUCGGCGUCCGGCGUUUGGCUUUAAGCUCUAAACCGUUCUUGGUUAUGUUCAAGAAAGCUAAUGAGACCGAGAUUUCUUCCAAGACUAUGUGA